UAUCGUGGCGCUUCUCCCGGACGGCCCUGGUGCUCGGUGUCCCUCCGCCGUCGCUGCCGCCGUUCCCGUUUCCGGCGGGGGAGAUGGCCAGGAUCUGACCCGGGAGGAGGCCGCACCCGCGCCGCGCUCUGCGGCGGGCUCUAGGCGAUGCCGAGCAGCUCGGACACGGCGCUGGGGGGAGGCGGGGGCUUGAGCUGGGCGGAGAAGAAGUUGGAGGAACGCCGCAAACGGAGGCGAUUCCUGUCCCCUCAGCAGCCGCCGCUGCUGUUGCCGCUCCUGCAGCCGCAGCUCCUGCAACCGCCGCCGCCCCCGCCGCCUCUGCUCUUCCUGGCUGCUCCCGGCACGGCCGCCGCCGCAGCCGCCGCCGCCGCGGCCUCCUCCUCUUGCUUCAGCCCGGGCCCCCCUCUGGAGGUCAAGCGGCUGGCGAGAGGCAAGAGGCGCGCAGGAGGGCGGCAGAAGCGGCGCCGCGGGCCCCGCGCCGGGCAGGAGGCGGAGAAGCGUCGGGUCUUCUCGCUGCCCCAGCCGCAGCAGGACGGCGGUGGCGGUGCUAGUAGCGGCGGGGGUGUGACCCCGCUGGUGGAGUACGAGGAUGUAAGCUCCCAGUCCGAGCAGGGGCUGCUGCUGGGGGGGGCCAGCGCGGCAACGGCGGCGACGGCUGCCGGGGGAACGGGGGGCAGCGGCGGGAGUCCGGCCUCCUCCUCCGGCACCCAGCGUCGCGGGGAGGGGUCGGAGCGCAGGCCCCGCCGGGACCGCCGCAGCAGCAGCGGUCGCAGCAAGGAUCGCCACCGCGAGCACCGACGGCGGGACGGGCAGCGCGGCGGCGGCGAGGCCUCCAAGUCCCGCAGCCGCCACGGCCACGGCGGCGAGGAGCGGGCCGAGGCCGCUAAGAGUGGCAGCAGCAGCAGCAGCGGCGGCCGGCGGAAAAGCGCCUCGGCCACGUCCAGCAGCAGCAGCAGCCGUAAGGACCGAGACCCGAAGGCCCAUCGGAGCCGGACUAAAUCGUCCAAAGAACCGCCUUCGGCCUAUAAGGAGCCGCCCAAGGCCUAUCGGGAGGACAAGACCGAGCCCAAGGCCUACAGGCGGCGGCAGCGGUCCCUGAGCCCGCUGGGAGGCCGGGACGACAGCCCGGUGUCCCACCGGGCCUCGCAGAGCCUGCGGAGCCGCAAGUCUCCCAGUCCGGCGGGAGGUGGCAGCAGCCCCUACUCGCGGCGGCUGGCCCGCUCCCCGAGCCCCUACAGCCGCCGCCGCUCCCCCAGCUACAGCCGCCACAGCUCCUACGAGCGCGGCGGCGACGUGUCCCCCAGCCCCUACAGCAGCAGCAGCUGGCGCCGCUCCCGGAGCCCCUACAGCCCGGUGAUCAGACGGUCUGCCAAGUCACGAAGCAGAAGCCCAUAUUCAUCUAGGCAUUCAAGAUCUCGUAGCAGGCAUAGAUUGUCUAGAUCCAGAAGUCGUCAUUCUAGCAUUUCUCCUAGCACACUAACUCUGAAGAGUAGCCUGGCAGCUGAAUUGAACAAGAAUAAAAAAGCGCGAGCUGCAGAGGCAGCACGAGCCGCAGAGGCAGCUAAGGCCGCAGAGGCAGCUAAGGCUGCUGAGGCCGCUGCCAAAGCUGCCAAAGCUACCAACACUGCUACACCUACCAAGGGGAACACAGAAACUGGUGCCGGUGCAUCACAAACCAACCAUGUGAAGGAUGCGAAGAAACUGAAAGUUGAGCAUGCACCUUCUCCCUCAAGCGGUGGAACUUUAAAAAAUGACAAGGCAAAAACAAAGCCACCUCUGCAGGUAACAAAAGUGGAUAAUAAUUUGAUUGUAGAUAAAGCCACCAAGAAAGCAGUUGUAGUUGGAAAGGAGAGUAAAUCUGCUGCUACAAAGGAGGAACCAGUAUCUCUUAAAGAGAAAACGAAACCACUUACACCAAGCAUAGGAGCCAAGGAGAAGGAGCAACAUGUGGCUUUAGUGACCUCUACCUUACCACCUUUACCUUUGCCUCCCAUGCUGCCUGAAGAUAAAGAUGCUGAUAGCUUGCGAGGAAAUAUUUCAGUAAAAGCGGUUAAAAAAGAAGUAGAAAAGAAACUGCGAUGUCUACUUGCUGAUUUACCACUGCCCCCUGAGUUACCGGGAGGAGAUGAUCUCUCAAAGAGUCCAGAGGAAAAGAAAACAGCAACACAGUUACAUAAUAAAAGGAGGCCUAAAAUAUGUGGGCCUCGCUAUGGUGAAAUCAAAGAGAAAGAUAUUGACUGGGGAAAACGCUGCGUGGAUAAAUUUGAUAUCAUCGGAAUUAUUGGAGAAGGUACCUAUGGACAAGUUUACAAGGCCAGGGAUAAAGACACUGGAGAAAUGGUAGCCUUAAAAAAAGUACGCCUGGAUAAUGAAAAGGAAGGGUUUCCUAUUACAGCAAUUCGAGAAAUUAAAAUUCUCCGGCAGCUUACCCACCAGAGUAUUAUCAAUAUGAAGGAAAUAGUGACUGAUAAAGAAGAUGCUUUGGACUUUAAGAAGGAUAAAGGUGCAUUUUAUCUGGUGUUUGAAUAUAUGGACCAUGAUCUGAUGGGACUGUUGGAAUCAGGCUUGGUUCAUUUUAAUGAAAAUCACAUAAAGUCAUUUAUGAGACAGCUCAUGGAAGGUCUGGAUUAUUGUCAUAAGAAGAACUUUUUGCAUCGAGAUAUCAAAUGUUCAAAUAUUCUUCUAAACAAUAGAGGACAGAUAAAACUUGCAGAUUUUGGACUUGCUCGAUUAUAUAGCUCAGAAGAAAGUCGGCCAUAUACAAACAAAGUCAUCACUUUGUGGUACCGUCCACCUGAACUGCUGCUGGGAGAAGAAAGGUAUACACCAGCUAUCGAUGUGUGGAGCUGUGGAUGUAUCCUUGGUGAACUCUUCACUAAAAAACCUAUAUUUCAAGCAAAUCAGGAGCUUGCACAACUAGAAUUAAUAAGCCGUAUAUGUGGGAGUCCAUGUCCUGCUGUGUGGCCUGAUGUAAUCAAACUACCGUAUUUCAACACCAUGAAACCAAAGAAGCAAUAUCGUCGAAAGUUAAGAGAAGAAUUUGUUUUUAUUCCUGCAGCCGCACUAGACUUAUUUGAUUACAUGCUCGCCUUGGAUCCUAGUAAGCGCUGCACUGCAGAGCAGGCUCUUCAGUGUGAGUUCCUGCGGGAUGUGGAACCCUCAAAAAUGCCUCCGCCAGACCUUCCAUUAUGGCAAGAUUGUCAUGAAUUAUGGAGUAAAAAGCGAAGACGACAGAAGCAGAUGGGCAUGACUGAUGACGUCUCCACAGUUAAAGCCCCCAGAAAGGACUUGUCCCUGGGCAUGGACGACAGCAGAGCCAGCACACCUCAGAGCGUGCUGCCGGCCUCACAGCUGAAGGCUCAGGGCAACUCGAGUGCAGCACCUGUAAAAACAGGCCCUGGACAGCAGUUAAACCACAGUGAAUUGGCAAUUCUGCUAAACCUACUACAGUCUAAAACAAGUGUUAAUAUGGCUGAUUUUGUCCAAGUGUUGAACAUUAAGGUAAACUCUGAGACUCAGCAGCAGCUAAAUAAAAUAAACCUUCCUGCUGGAAUUUUGGCAACAGGUGAAAAACAGACAGAUCCAUCAACACCACAACAGGAGUCUUCGAAACCAUUGGGAGGAAUUCAGCCUUCUUCUCAGAACAUGCAGCCCAAAGUGGAGCCUGACGCGGCCCAGGCGGCUGUGCAGAGCGCAUUUGCGGUUCUGUUGACUCAGUUAAUAAAGGCUCAGCAUUCAAAGCAGAAAGACGUGCUGCUGGAAGAGAGGGAAAAUGGGUCGGGACAUGAAGCACCAUUACAGCUCCGGCCGCCUCCAGAACCUAGCACGCCGGCGUCGGGGCAAGAUGACCUGAUCCAGCACCAAGAUAUGAGGCUAUUGGAGCUCACACCAGAACCGGACCGGCCUCGUAUUCUGCCUCCUGAUCAGCGACCUCCUGAACCUCCGGAACCACCGCCAGUCACUGAAGAAGAUCUAGAUUACCGGACAGAAAACCAGCACGUACCCACCGCUAGUUCUUCGUUAACUGACCCUCAUGCCGGAGUAAAAGCAGCCCUGUUACAGCUCCUUGCUCAGCAUCAGCCCCAGGAUGACCCCAAAAGAGAAAGUGGUAUUGAUUACCAAGCAGGAGAUACUUAUGUACCUUCUUCAGACUACAAGGACAGUUUUGGAUCCUCUUCUUUCUCUUCUGCUCCUUAUGUUAGCAAUGAUGGUCUUGGAAGCGCCUCUGCUCCACCACUGGAACGACGUAGCUUCAUGGGAAACUCAGAUAUUCAGUCCUUGGAUAACUACAGUACUACUUCAUCUCAUUCUAGUGGUCCACCUCAGCCUUCUGCCUUUUCCGAGUCAUUUCCCAGUUCGGUAGCUGGAUAUGGAGACAUUUACCUCAAUACAGGUCCCAUGCUGUUUAGUGGAGACAAGGACCAUAGAUUUGAAUAUAGCCAUGGCCCCAUUGCAGUGCUGGCAAACAGCAGUGACCCUUCCACAGGGCCAGAGAGUACUCACCCUUUGCCAGCAAAGAUGCACAACUAUAACUAUGGUGGUAGCUUACAGGAAAACCCAGGCGGCCACGGCCUCAUGCACGGACAGACCUGGACUUCCCCUGCGCAAGGGCCUGGCUAUUCACAAGGGUACAGGGGACACAUUAGCACGUCAGCUGGCAGAGGUCGAGGCAGAGGGUUACCAUACUGAGUAUCUGUUUUUCCUCAGGCACAUCAUUUUUAUCUGGAAAGACUUUUCUAGCUGCAAUUUAAGGCAGCAAUCCAAGAGACUUGAAUAAUAUUAAUUCAACAACAGCUUUAUUUUUAUGUGGAAAAGGGUCUUGCAUACAAUAGUUAAAAAAAAAAGACAAAAAAAAACCACCUUUGCUUAAAUUCAUGCUGUUCUAAAACCUAGAUCUAUUGAUUGUACAUCUUCACAAAUUCUAGUUAACGAUUUUAUUUUGUAUUCUUGCAGUUUUAAGUGGAUGCUAAUCUUAGGGACAUAAAAAGUCUUUUAUGGCCCUCUUGCAGAUCUUCUGAACUAUGCACAUUUGUGCUUUUUUGUAAGUUUGGACCAACUUUUAUGUAACAACCACCCAGUCCCUCCCCCCUCCAGUUUUACAACAAUCAGAAAGGGCACUGAUUUAUUUGGUAUUUUUCUUUUUACAAAGCUACCUUUAGUCAAAGGUCACUGUCAGUCUUUGCACCUGCUUUCAGUGUUAUUGUGAAAGGUGUACUUUGUGCUCAUUUCAGAAAAUAAAACACAACCUUUCUCUUGAUGCAACAGUUUUAUAUAAAAAAAAAUGGUCAACGUUAUUUUUGUUUUAUUUUGCAGAUUAUCAUAGCCUAGCAAAAUGGAUUCAAAUGAAAUAGUGGGUUUUAUAUGAAAAAUAUGGGUGGGGUGGGGAGGGUAAGUAAGUGCCUUAACAGGUAAGCUUAAGGUCUGAAAAAGUAGUUAACCUUUACACCCAUCUGUCUUCUAAAGGGAAUCAAUGUAUUGUACUGAAGAGGCAGAGAGAGAGCUCUCAAGUGUCCAGGGGCUGCCUGUUCAGUUCCUGUUAGGUCCAUUCCCUCUGCCUGUCACACUUUCUCCUUUUCUUUGGGCUGUGUUACCUUCCAACACCACCUUCUCUUGACAGGGGAGUGAGAGCAGAGAAUAAAAGUCCAGCUCCCAUCAGCACCUUCUGUUACUUCUGAGAAAAAGUUCUAAAAAGUUCUGUCAUUUCAGUGGUGGAAAGUAAUAGCUAAAUGAGCAUUUUAGAGUAUUGUUUUCUUUCAGGCUGCCACAUUGUCCCUAUUUCCUUUUGUCAUGGGUAAUUGGAGGGCAGUAGCAAAGAAACAAGGCUUAAUAACAAUUUGCAUAAUUCAGUUAAAGUUCAUGGGGGGAGGGGUGGCAAACACCACUGUUUAAAUUAUAUAAUUGCCAUUUAACACAAAGUUAACUUCGUUCACUUUACUGGUUAACUAGAAACAUUGCCUAGAUUGAAUUUAUUGAAGUAAAAAGAAAAAGUAGUGCAAAAACCCCUCUUAUUCUCUCUCUCACUUUCUGUAAGGUUUAUACAACGUCUGCCACACCUAGAGUAACUAUUUUAGUUCACUUUAGAAUGAUGGGCUAACCGUUAUUUAAACUGUAAUGGUGUCAAGUCUCUUUGUGCACACUCAAACACAUGUACCAUUAUAGUACCAUUAUAGUAAUCCUAGAAAGGAACCAAAGGUGAAUAACCAGUGUUUUCAUUAGCACUAAAUGCCAAUUAACCAUUUUGUUUAAAUCGUUCUCCUGGUAACUUAUUUUUUGAUUGAAAUCUUAAAUUGGAACAACUGUUAUUGAAUGAAUAUUGCUCCAGUUCCAAAGUCAGUCUUUUAAUCUUGUGCCCUCUAUCUGACUUGUGAACGUUCAUUUCAAAACAGUAUAUGGAAAGCAUUAUAGUUUGGUGACAAUAGGAUUAUCUUAAAGUGGAUAAUUUACCAUUUUACUGCUAUAAAAUGAGUUGAUGUCAGUUGACCAUUUUAUCUUUUGAUGGAAUUUUUUUGUUGUUGAGAAGUGAAUGAAAGAAAAUUAUUAUGCUUUUAUUUGAAUAUUGAAUACUAACAACUUAUACUAAAACUACAUUGCAGGAAGUGAAGAAAUAUUUUGAAAUUUAGCAAAAUAGCUACAGUAUUCAAGUAUCUGGAAUUUUAAUAUGGUGAGUCUUAGAGCUUUAGACUUUCCUAUACGUGACAGUAUCUAAGUUAUUCUUAAUAGUCACACUUGAUAAUUCUGCUGAUCAUAGCAGCUAACCUAAAAUUGAAGAUAUUUAUGUGACAUGAAUAGCCUGUGUUUUAAAAAUUAAAUAUUUUAUAUAAAAUUGAAUUGUGUUUGGAUAGUUUUUCCUAACAUUUCAGUUAUAUAUUUAUAUUGGGAGAGUGGCUGGGAGGACAAGGAAAUUGUUGCUUGAGGUCGAAAAUUCGAACUACAGCUCCUGAUACUACCCUAAGACAGCAUUGAUUGUAGGAUACACUAGUUAGGGAAAAUGUUGCCAGUUAAACACAACUCAAGGCUAAGACAGUUCCCAAGUUGAGAUGUUGUUAUAUGGAAGAAGGCUGCUUAAAAUUGAUGAAAUAUGGUAAAAAUCUUAAUGCCUUCUUCCGUAUCAUCUAAUACUUCAGUAAAUUUGGAUUAAUGAAAAGAGCAGGGCUAUGAAAUCAAUAAUUCUGUAUGCUAUAACUGCAGUAAUCAGUAUUCUUGAGUGAAAUUGAAGGAGCAUAAAAUAUUUUUGGGAAGAAACAGGUAAGUCAGAUUGCAAAUGAGAUGAAAAUACAAAAAAUUGACCUAUUAAAAGAAGAAAAAAUUUAUUUUUUCCCAUGUGAAAUUCCCUUAUGUAUUUCUUGAUACAGCAGCUUUUUUUGCAUGUAACUCAGUAUGUUUCCCAAGUCUUCAAUCCAUUAUUUUUUGGAGAGUCCCAGUCAUCCAUGAAAUUUUAAAAGACUCAUGUUAAGGGUUUAUUGAUUAAUAGUUUGUGGAAUGUGAAUUAGGAUAGGGCUUUAGCUAUGAUUCAGAGCUUAACUCUAUGUAAAUAUUCAGUGCCUACCAAGUGCCAGGUACUAUUCUAGUACUUGGGGUACAUCAGUCAACAUGAAAGGCUUUAAGUAAUACUUCCAGUGGACUGAUAGUGAGCAGGAAUAUUUAAAAAGCGAAGUAGUAUUUGCAGCUCUUCAGCUGUAUCUAAAUUACACAUACUUGAAAGUAAGAAAAAUGUGUCUGUGUAAAAAUUUGAAGUCAAAUUUGAAUAGAGACAAAGUUCUGGAAAAACAGAACAAUUGGAAAUUCAGUGAUGAAAGCAAAAUUUAAAUUGGAUCUGACUAGUUUGCAGCUUAACUGGUAAGAAUUAUCAAGAUUUCUUAAGAAAAACAGAAGAUAAAUGGCCUAAAUGCUUCCAAACUAAUCUUUCUGGUAUUUCUGAGUUAAGGUUUUUUUGUAUUUGGUAUGAACUUAAUCCAGUUUUAGAUGAUUUUUCUCCCUAGGCUCCCUUACCUGGCCCCUACCUUUCUUUUUAGGUAAAGCUGAAAUAUGAGAUUUGAAUAAAGAUUCAGUGAUUCCCUAGGUUAAUGAUUUUGAUAUUUUAAAGUCUGAAUAGGAUGUCCCCAAAGCUAAAAUCUGGUCCAUCUCUUUACAGCUAAGAAAAAUGAGAUUUAGAUGGAUUACCAGGGUUGUUCUUAGCUAUAUCUAAAUUCUGUAGUAAAUGCUUCUAAAUGAGAAAAUUAACUGUUAAAAUACUUUUGUUAAAAUAAUUACAUUUAAAAUACCAAACAACUAGUUUUAACAGAUGACUUUUAAAAGUCAACUUAAAGGCCUCAGAAAAAAUAGGCAAAUAAAAUUUUCGAAAACUUAGGAGCCUAUAGAGACAGUUUUUUUUUCAUAUAUGGAUAGUCUUUAGAAGGGAAGUUCCUCCUUUUCUUUUUUAAGACAAUAGUUACCUAACAAUUAGUAAGACUGAAUCUUUAAACUUAUUUUCUGUUUGUAGGAGGAAGAUCGGUAUCAGCAGGCCUGCAAACAUUGCUUAUAAAUUCUUUCAUGUUUGUAAUUCUUAAACUGUUUUUAGUGUAAUUAAAAAUAAGAGCUAUUAAGAGAAAAGCUGUCGGGGAUCCAGUUGAAGGUGGGGAAAACAAAAUUUUGAUCAUAUUGGAAAGAACUUGCUCUUUGAAUUAUGUAGAAGAACAUUUUGUGGGUCUUAUUCCUUUCACCAUAUCAAAUGUCCCAUUAAAAAAGAAUUUUCUAAUUGAAAAUGCCACAUUGAAAAUGAGGCUCUGUAGUGAAUCACUUUAUAUUUUUUUCACAGUUAAUUUGUUGUCAAGGUGUGGUUUUUUUUGCAAGAAUUUUUAGUAAAGUCUCGUAACUCCUAAAUCAAAUGUGUUCAUUAUAAGCCAUUUGUUUAACAAAAGAAAAAAGACUGUAUUUGAUAGUCUGUAAAUAAACUGCCCUAAAAAUCCA